UCUCACUCACUCUCGCUACACUACAUACUGAUAUUGUGCAGCCUACUGCCCAUAGGCAUACGAUUAUGCUACGGCUCAAAAAGUUGUGUUCAUCUCAAAACGCAACUGCGGAGACUUCAAAAACGUCAUCGCAUUUGCAACCCUGCAUCGACGAGUAGUGGUGGUAUCGAACUCGACUACUUCUUGAUCUCAACUAUCUGUUCGAUUUUUCCUUCAGCUUGUUAGCGAAUAGUGUUAUUAUCCAGCUUUCCCAAGCUGAUGCUUAGGGAGAAGCACGAUAGUUUGAUUAUACUGGUCCUUACAAGUACAACCGGGAACCUAGGGUCUCGAAUUCUGCAUACAAUAUUGCGUGAGCAGCUCAUACCUCCGUCAGAGAUCAUAAUUUCGUCAACCAAACCAAGCAAAGUUUCGGUUGUCGCCCGCGAGGCCGGCAUUGACAUUCGUCAGGGCGAUUACACCUCGCCUGAAUCAUUGGCGUCGUCGUUUAGAGGCGCGGAAGCUCUGUUCCUCGUGUCCUUCCCUUCCGCAAGUGUAGAGAGAUGGCUCUAUCACAAGUCUGCAAUUGACGCUGCGAAGGCCGUCGGGGUCAAAACCGUAAUCUACACGAGCCUGAUGUUUGGUGGCGAGACAGGGCUUGAUAGUAUCGCAGGCGUUCAGCAGGCGCACAUCAAGACCAUCGAGUACCUGACGCGAAGCGGUCUGCAGUAUGUGAUCGUGCGAGAAGGCAUAUAUGCCGAAUAUUGGUCGGUAUAUGCUGGCUUUCAACCGCAGAAGUACCACAAGGGCGACUCAACUGAGAUCAGGUUCGUGAUCCCGAACGACGGUCCUGUUGCUUGGGUCACCACGGACGACUUGGCGCAAGGCACGGCAAGGAUUCUCCAAGACUACGAGAGAUACAUUGGACGGACAUUGAACUUGACUGGGCCACGGGCCACCAGUGUCGGCGACAUUGCAAAGCUUGUGGAACACCAUACAGGUCGGAAAGUCAAGGUUGACAUUGUAGGCAGAGAGGAAGCCCAACGAUAUCACAAGUAUGAAAAGAAAAGUCUGCCGGCGGACAAGUUCUGGGUCAUUGACAGCUGGUCGGGGUGGCAUGAUGCGAUGGCUCGGGAAGAGACUGCGAUGGUUGAUCCCCUGCUUGCCGGCCUGCUGGGCAGACAACCCAGCGGUGUUGAAGAGAUGGCCGAGAGGUUGUUCAAGCCAGAGUAA